AACAAAAUUGAUUUCUUUGGGGGUACAGAUUAAAGUCCCUUUUGAGUUGUAUACUCUUUGUAUUAUUAAUUAAUUGAAGCGCGAAGUAGCAGAUGGCGGAGAAGCAGCUGAUCGUGGCCGUUGAAGGCACCGCCGCCAUGGGUCCCUACUGGCAAAUCAUACUUUCUGAUUACCUCGAAAAGAUCAUCAGGUGUUUCUGUAGUAACGAAUUCGCAGGGCAGAAGAAUACUACAUCAAAUGUUGAGCUUUCAUUGGUUACAUUCAACACACAUGGAUCGUAUUGUGCUUGCCUAGUACAACGUAGUGGGUGGACAAAAGAUGUUGAUAUUUUCUUACAAUGGCUGUCGGCCAUACCUUUUUCUGGUGGUGGUUUCAAUGAUGCUGCAAUUGCCGAAGGGCUUUCUGAAGCAUUGAUGUCAUUUGAUGUAGCUCAGAUGUUUCCUAUUGCUGCAAAUGGAAAUCAAACCCAUCAAAUUGCUGAUGGGCAAAGACAUUGCAUUCUUGUUGCUGCCAGUAAUCCUUAUCCCUUGCCUACACCAGUCUAUCGGCCACAGACUCAAAACUUGGAGCAAAGUGAAAAUAUGGAAUCACAGACAGAGAGUCGUUUGUCUGAUGCUGAGACAGUAGCUAAAUCAUUUCCUCAGUGUUCUGUUUCUUUAUCUGUGAUAUGUCCGAAGCAGCUUUCAAAGCUAAAAGCAAUCUACAGUGCUGGAAAGAGAAACCCCCGAGCAUCAGAUCCACCUGUUGACAAUGUUAGAAACCCUCAGUUUCUUGUUCUGAUUUCAGAAAAUUUUAUGGAGGGCUGUGCUGCUUUAAGUCGCUCUGGAGUUCCAAGUUUAGCACCCAAUCAGAGUCCUGUGAAAAUGGACAUGGCUUCUGUCAAUGCGGUUGCAGGGACACCUCCGACUUCUGUUCCAUCAGUGAAUGGAUCUAUUAUGAGCCGGCAACCUGUUUCUGCUGGAAAUGUUCCCACUGCCACCGUAAAAGUUGAGCCCACAACGAUAACAUCGAUGGCAAACGGACCUGCUUUUCCUCAUAUUCCUUCUGUUCCACGUGCCCCAUUUCAAGCAGUCCCAAUGUUGCAAACUUCUUCACCAUUGACAACUACUGAAGAGGUGAUGAGAAGUAGUGACAAUGUGCAAGAAAUAAAACCUUCUGUAGGUGGCAUGACACAGCCUUUACGUCCUGUGCCUCCAGCGGCUGCAAAUGUCAACAUACUGAACAAUCUUUCACAAGCAAGGGUGAUGAACUCUGCUGCUCUCAGUGGAGGAACUUCUAUAGGACUUCAAUCAAUGGGUCAAACUCCAGUGGCCAUGCAUAUGUCCAAUAUGAUAUCUAGCGGAAUGACAUCUUCUGUGCCUCUGGCUCAAACUGUAUUUUCAUCUGGGCAAUCGGGUAUGACUUCAUUACCUGGUUCAGGAGCUGUUACAGGGACUACACAGGUCCCACCAAACUCAAAUCUUAAUUCAUUUGCUUCUGCAACUUCUAAUGUGGCUGGAAAUUCAAACAUUGGAAUUUCACAACCAAUGUGUAAUGUUCAAGGAGCAGUGAGUAUGGGCCAAUCAGUACCUGGCAGCAUGAGCCAAGGAAAUCAUUCAGGUGCACAAUUGGUGCAAACUGGAGUUGCCAUGAGCCAGAGCAUGAGUGGUCUUGGUCCAUCAACUGUUUCUUCUGGAACUGGUACAUUGAUUCCUGCUCCAGGAAUGUCUCAACAGGUACAAUCUGGAAUGCAGACACUUGGAGUGAACAACAAUUCAGCUGCUAGUAUGCCUCUAUCACAACAGACAUCAAGCGCUUUGCAAUCAGCCCAAUCCAAAUAUGUUAAAGUCUGGGAGGGAAAUUUAUCUGGUCAGAGGCAAGGGCAGCCAGUGUUCAUCACCAGAUUGGAAGGUUAUCGGAGUGCCUCUGCUUCUGAGACACUUGCAUCAGACUGGCCGCAAACCAUGCAAAUAGUUCGUCUUAUAUCCCAGGAUCACAUGAAUAACAAGCAAUAUGUUGGGAAGGCAGAUUUUUUAGUUUUCAGGGCAAUGAAUCAACAUGGAUUUCUUGGACAGCUACAAGAGAAGAAGCUUUGUGCUGUAAUCCAAUUGCCUUCACAGACGUUGAUGCUUUCAGUUUCUGAUAAAGCUUACCGCUUGAUAGGGAUGCUUUUCCCUGGGGAUAUGGUUGUCUUUAAACCACAAAUAUCAAGCCAGCAUCAACAGCAGCAGCAACAGAUGCAGCCACUGCUACAACAGCAACAGAUGCCACAGCAGCAGCUCCCACAGCUGCAACAACAACAGCAGCAGCAGCAGCAGCUUCCACAGCUGCAACAACAGCAGCAGCAACAGCCGCAGCAGCAACAGCCGCUCCCACAUUUGCAACAGCAACAACUCCCUCAGCUGCAACAGCAACAGCAGCAGCAGCAGCAACUCUCCCAGCUGCAACAACAGCAGAUGCCCCAGUUGCAGCAGCAGCCACAGCUUGCUCAGAUGCAGCAACAGCAACAACAAAUGGUCGGAUCAGGAAUGAAUUCAGCUUAUGUCCAAGGUCCAGGCCGAUCACAAUUAGUUUCUCAAGGGCAAGUUUCAUCACAGGCCCCAUCUAACAUGCCUGGAGGAGGCUUUAUGAGUUGAUCAGUGACACUCGGAAUUUGCUGGCUUGUUUAGAACUUCAUAGUUGUGUAGGGCUUGUGUAGGAUACCAGUCCACAGGUCUCCUUUAGUGGCUAAACGUGAGCAGAAGUUAUCUAGUAACAUCUGGGAGGAAUCAUUAUGUACUGGUAUAUUACAUGUACCAUGAUAUCUCAUGUUCUAUUUUUUUCUCAUUGGAUAAAAUAAAGGUCUUAUUAAAACA